AUCCCGACGGCAAUGACAGUUCAAAAUACGCUGUGCAAUUGACAGUCAUCAAAACUGGAGUUACUGUUUACGUCCAAGUUCUGAAUAGCUGUGUUAAUUUUGCUUGUAUUUAGCAAUCUUUCCGUAGUUCAUCUCGUUUCUACAAUAAUUAUUGAAAAUGGCUCGUCGUUAUGAUUCCAGGACCACUAUUUUCUCGCCGGAAGGUCGCUUGUAUCAGGUGGAGUAUGCUAUGGAAGCUAUCUCACACGCAGGCACUUCGCUUGGCAUACUGGCAAAGGAUGGAAUACUGCUAGCGGCCGAACGGCGCAACACUAACAAACUGUUGGAUAAUGUGAUCUUCUCCGAGAAGAUCUACAAACUGAACGAUGAUAUGGUGUGCUCAGUUGCUGGCAUUACUUCGGACGCGAAUGUGCUCACGAACCUGCUGCGGGUUAUCGCGCAGCGUUACCAGCUGAAUUACGGUGAGGCUAUGCCCUGCGAGCAGUUAGUAUCUCACCUGUGCGAUGUGAAACAGGCUUACACGCAGUACGGUGGCAAGCGACCAUUCGGCGUUUCUAUUCUGUACAUGGGCUGGGACAAGCACUACGGUUAUCAGCUGUACCAGUCGGAUCCCAGCGGCAACUAUGGUGGAUGGAAGGCAACCUGUAUUGGCAACAAUUCGGCGGCCGCCGUUUCCGCAUUAAAGCAGGAACUGAGCGAUAGCGAUAUCAGCCUCGUGCAGGCGCAGGAUUUGGCUGUGAAAGUGCUGUCCAAAACGCUCGAUAUGACCAAGCUCACAUCAGAGAAGAUUGAAAUGGCAGUUCUUACCCGUGAAAACAACAAAACAGUCAUCAAAAUUUUGUCCAGCGCCGAGGUGGACGGCUUGAUUGCAAAGUACGAGAAGGCAGAAGCUGAGGCAGAGGCCGCCAAGAAGGAAAAGCUUGGCCAAAAGUCGUAAUUUGCAUGUAAGUGUUUGGUUCGGGUUGAGUUGGCGCAAAAGAAAUGGUCGGGCGGAGGAAAAUAUUGAAAUAAAAAAAAGCACCAUACGUGGUAGCGUUCACGAUUCUUAAA